AUGAUUGGGUUAUUCAAAGUUAAGGAAAAGCAAAGAGAAGAAUCGAAAAACACCAACACAAGAGGAUCUUCUGUGAAGAAACAAUCUGCUGGUGAACUUCGUCUUCACAAAGAUAUAACAGAGCUGAAUCUGCCAAAGUCUUGUGCGAUAUCUUUUCCUAAUGGAAAGAGUGAUUUGAUGAACUUUGAAGUAACCAUUAAGCCAGACGAAGGAUAUUACAAAGGUGGUAAGUUUGUUUUUACAUUCCAAGUCUCUCCACUGUAUCCACAUGAAGCUCCAAAAGUCAAAUGCAGGAGCAAGGUGUAUCAUCCGAAUAUUGAUUUGGAAGGGAGUGUUUGUUUGAACAUCUUGCGUGAAGAUUGGAAACCGGUUCUCAACAUUAACACGGUUAUCUACGGUCUAUUCCAUCUCUUCACGGAACCCAAUUACGAGGAUCCUCUGAACCACGACGCUGCAGCGGUUUUAAGAGAUAACCCGAAGUUGUUCGAGUCUAACGUCAAGAGGGCUAUGAGUGGUGGCCAUAUUGGUGACACCUCAUUCCCUCGUUGCAUGUAA